UGGAGAGAUGGGGGCUAAAAAUUCUCAACCAAGCAAAGCCAGAAUAAACCCAACAUAUCAGGCUCCCUUAAAAGCGAACAGCUGUGGACUAAUAACUGAGAAAGGCCAGCAAGUUCCUCUGAAGAGUGUGGAGGUGGAGGUGCAGGUGAAGGGGCAUGUUGCCACGGUAACGUCCACCCUGCAGUAUGUGAAUGAGGAGGAACUUCCAUUGGAGGCCCUGUUUGUGUUCCCGUUACCUGCAGAAGCAGCUCUCUGUCACUUCAGUGCCAAGAUCGCCGACCAGGAGGUGGUGGCCGAGGUGCAGGAGAAACAGAAGGCACGUGAGGACUAUGAUGAUGCGAUAAGUUCGGGGCAACGGGCAUUUCUAUUGGAGGAGAGCGAUGCAAGCCCAGAUAUUUUCCGGCUGGCUGUGGGGAACCUGCCUCCUAAAGAAAGUGCUGCUGUGACUCUCAUCUACGUCAUUGAGCUGGCUGUGCAGGCGGAUGAUGGUCUGCGCUUCUGUCUGCCAGCAGUGCUCAACCCACGAUAUGCACCCAGCAACUUCGAUGCAAGUAAUGUGCCCGAGGUGGCAUCUGUUCCUGCAAGUAAGGUGUCUUAUACUCUGUCCCUUAGUGUCCACAUCAUCUCUCCCAUCCCCAUUUCUAAAGUAGAGUCCAGCUGCUCUCUGGAACCACUGAUCUACCUCAACACAGCUCAGACUCAGGCAAAGGUAAGUCUCUCUCCAGGACACAAGUUCGACAGGGAUGUGGAGAUAUUGCUUUAUUACCAGGAUGCCCAUCAGCCCACUGCCAUAGUGGAGGCAGGACUUCCGAACGCCAAACCAGGUUCUCUGAUGGGCGACUCGGUGGCCAUGCUUAGUCUGUACCCAGAGUUCCCUCCAGAGGUGGCAUCUUCGUUUGGGAAACGUGGAGAGUUCAUUUUUGUAAUGGAUCAGUCUGGUAGCAUGAGCGGGUCUUCCAUCAGGAGCGCCCGGGAAACUCUUCUCCUGCUGCUGAAGAGUCUUCCACUGGGCUGCUACUUCAACAUCUACGGCUUUGGCUCUGACUUCCGGUCCUUUUUCCUUAAGAGUGUGGAAUACACUCAGAAGACGAUGGAGGAGGCGAUGAAGAAAGUGGAGGCUAUGGAGGCGGACAUGGGUGGUACCGAGAUUCUGAAACCACUGCAGCACAUCUAUGGUCAAGAUUGCCUUCCAGAUGAUCCCAGACAGGUGUUUGUUUUCACUGAUGGAGGAGUCUGCAACACCAAAGACAUCCUGGACCUGGUCAGAACUCACUCUAGAUCCCACAGGUGCUUCACCUUCGGCAUUGGUCAGGGAGCCAGCACUGCACUGAUCACUGGAAUGGCCAGAGAAGGACGUGGCUUUGCCCAGUUCAUCACAAGCAAUGACCGACUGCAGCUCAAAGUGAUGCAGUCCCUCAGCCUCGCCCUGCAGCCCUCUGUUGUUGACAUCUCUGUGAAAUGGACCCUUCCAGAGGGCGUGUCCGUCACUGCUUUGUCUCCUCCCCUCAAUGUUCUCUUUCAGGGUCAGAGGGCACUGCUGUACGCCCAGCUCACAGGAGAGAGCACUGGGAAUGAUGAAGGAACUGUGACUGUGCAUUAUAGUCUUGCAGAGCAACCAGUGACAAACCAGCUUAACUUCUGCCUUAAACCUGCUGAGGACACAGGGCUGGGGAUUCACAGGCUGGCCGCUCGAUCCUUGAUCCAAUCUCUGGAAAUGGAGGAGAGAGAAAAGAAGAAUGAGAACUUAAGAGAAAAGGUGGUGGAGCUCAGCAUGCAGGCAGGAGUGAGCAGCUCUUUCACUGCUUUUCUCGCCGUCCACAAGGGGAGUGGACAGCCGGUACAAGGACCACUGGUGAGAAGGACAGUGCCAGUACCAAGGCGACAAGAAGUUGGAGUUGAAUACCAAACUCUUGGAGGGGCAAGAGGAGUUCGAGAUCAAUAUGAACCAGUAGGAUCAUUAUCAUGGGGAGUUGAAUACCAAUCUCUUCGAGGGGCAAGAGGAGUUCGAGAUCAAUAUGAAUCAAUAGGAUCAGUAUCACGGGUCCCACCAGCCCAGAAGGACCCCUACUUGGAGCUGCUCUCUCUCCAGAAAGCUGCAGGGUUCUGGAAUUUGGAGACUCGACUUCUUGAUCUCUUUGGCAAGGCAGAGAAGAAUCUGGACAAGCAGAUGCCGGCCCAGGUGGACAGUGCAGUGUGGGCCACUGUUCUGGCUCUGAUUUGGCUCCACGGCUUCAGGGCAGAUAAACAUGAAGAGUGGAAGUUCAUUGCCCUGAAGGCCACAUCCUGGAUCCGUUCUCAGAAAGUGGGGAAUCUGUCCAGGUGUGUCCAGGCUGGAAAUGCUUUACUGGGUUGUCAGGUGAAGGAAGAGAGUCUUGGACUUUAAGCUCUUCCUGUAGUCUGACAUAUGGCUGUCCACCACGCUUACCUCUCCAUUCCUGGACUUGUAAUCACACAAAGAUCCAUUCUUGUUGAAACUAGUUGUUUAAAAUAAACUUUAUGCAUGCAUUUCACUUAUAAGUCAUGCACAUCUAAUUGAGCCAAAGUUUUCUGCUUUUGCUAUGUUUGCUAUGUCUGUAUAUGCUGUUCUUGUGCUGUGCAGUCAAAGUAUUAUUUUGCUGCUGUUGCAGGUCAAUAAAGUACAUCCAUCUACCAAAAAUUUGCUGUCUGAGCCAGCCAAUAUAGGCCAAUAAUUAUAAAUUUGUUGUAAAUAUACUUAAAUGUGGAAGUAGCAUUA